CUGUACCGCCUCUAGGGGGCGUCUUCCCGGGUUAGCCCCCCCGCAGCAGCUGCAGUACGGGUCAUAUAAACCCGGGAUCACCAUGUCCACGGACUGAGGUCAGUCCCGGCUGGAACCAUGCUGUUCAGGUUCGGUGUCGUCCUCACCCCGGAGUCCUCGGACGUGGAGGUCUUCGUGUCGGGUUCUCGGAUGGAGAUGGGCCACUGGGACCCGGACAGAGCGGUUCGGUUGACGGCCUCUCAGAAGCUGCCCUCCCCGCAGGAACCGUGUCUGUGGACCGGCGAGGUGCAGCUGGCCGAGCCGGUCACAGACCCUCUGUGGUUCAAGUUCGUCCAGAGAGUCCGAGGCUCGUAUGUCUGGGAAGGCAGCAGUCCACGCCACGACAGAUGCUGCUCCUACGAUGAGAGGAACGUGGUGGAUGGAGUUUACUGCCACCCGAUUGGUCACUGGAUCGAGGAAACGGGACACACGGACGAGAUGAGACACACCACCAGGUUUUACCUCAGCGUGGCCGGUCAGAAGGCCAUGCAUUUCUCCAGGUUGACGCCUCGUGUCUGGCUGGGCAGCUGCCCUCGACAGGUGGAGCACGUGACAAUACAAAUGAAGCACGAACUGGGCAUUACUGCAGUGAUGAACUUCCAGACAGAGUGGGACGUGGUGAACAACUCUGACGGCUGCAGACGAAACCCCGAGGAGGCCAUGAGCCCAGAGACCAUGACGCACCUCUACAGAGACUCUGGGCUGGUGUAUGUGUGGAUGCCCACACCUGACAUGAGCACUGAGGGUCGGAUCCGGAUGCUUCCUCAGGCCGUGUUCCUGCUUCAUGGUCUCCUGGAGAACGGCCACACCGUCUAUGUCCACUGUAACGCCGGAGUGGGCCGGUCCACGGCAGCGGUCUGCGGCCUGCUCAUGUACGUCCUUGGCUGGACCCUGAGGAAGGUGCAGUACUUUGUCACAGCAAAGAGGCCGGCGGUGUACAUCGAUGAGGAAGCUUUAGUUCAGGCUCAGGCCGACUUCAUCCUGAAGUUUGGCCAGCUGCGAUCGUCCAUGUCUUACCCAGAGACAUGAGAGCCCGGUGUCUUUGUACUGAAUUUACAAUUAUGGCGAGAUCCGCUGGACUUUGGGGAAAAUAAGAAUAAACACAACCUUGAAAACAA